AUGUGCAUGCACUCCACCAUCAGUGGCCCUCGAACAGAUGGACGAUGUAUUAUGCACGAAGAGGUGUCUUGUGCCUCUGAACACCUGGGGACGGCCCGAGAGGGAUGGGUUGUCAACGCGGCGGCGGCGGCGGCGGCGGCAGCGGCGGCGGCGGCAAGAGCGGGGCAAGAAGGCGGCGCACCCUCCGGGGUUGUUCCGUCGUCGUCGUCGUUGCCGUCGUCGCCAACCUCGGUGGUGGCUGUCAAGGUCGAGGAGCAGGGGUGUGUGCAAGUCCAAGUUCCCCUAGGGGGCGGGGUGGAGGACGGGGGGGUUGUCGAGGGGAGCAACGGAGAUGUUUCGGUCGACGCCGCUGUAGUCCCGGCAGACGACGAGUCGACUGCACGAGAGGGGGCAGGCGACUGGGAAUCGGGAAGCAGCGGGAAGAGAGAGCCAGGGAGGAAGCGACUCAAGGUUGAAGUUGCCCCAGAGGCCCCCAUGAUGAGCGAGUAGGUAGUUGGGUGGGGUGAGUGGGUGGGUACGGCACCUUCAUCACAUUUGCAUUGGGAUUUGAUUUGUUUUUCGCGUGCCGAUCUUGCUGGUCGCAACCCUGUUCGGCUGGACUACAACAGCGCUACGCCCGUUUUUAUGUUUCUUUCUGUUACUUGUUUUGUCAGUUGCGUGAGAGAUUUCUCGUCGCCGCGGGUGGGAAGAGCGGAACGGGAGGGAGGGCGGGGGGGGGGGCAUUUGUCAACGUUUUGUUUUGUGUUGUUCUGUGCUAGCCUCGAACUUUCGGCAAGAAAGUUGGCGAGAAUGGCAAGACCAGGAGUGUUUUUGCCGUUUUACAACGUCUGCAUGAAUUUCCGCUCCAGUCCAGCGGAGCUCCUUCCCCGUGUCGUACGCUGCGUUUAUCGCUUUGUCAUACAACCAUGCCCGAGAGCAGCAGCACAGCAGCAGCAUGGUGCAUGUUGCUACGGGGGUAUGCACGGCAAGCGACGCACUCGGUGGGGGGAAGCGUGCAGAGAAACUACAAACAACCAGAGAUCGUAACUGUACGUGAAGGGAGCCAAGUAGGAGAGGCGUGAGCAAUGUACGUGUGCGGCGCGAAGGCUGAUCGGUGUGCGCGCUCCUCUUGUUUAGUUGCCACGCUUCGCUUUGUAGUUAGCCCUUGUCCGGCCGGCUGCCGCCAGUAUGACAGUGUUUCGUACGGCGAGCUAGCCACCACUCCGAUGUAUUCCCUCCAACGCGGUUGUCGAGGGGAGUCGAUUUGCAAUCGCCUGCAGAUCAUGCAAGCAAUCGCCCAGGAUGACGUUCUUCCAACGGCCAACGGGGUGGCAGCACGUAAUAUUGAGGAAUAUGCCCCGAGAGAGUGGCGCAGGGGGGGGGGCAGCAAUGGACGGUACGGUCGAGACUUCCUUUGCACAGCAUGCUCGCCGUGCUUUUGUUGGGCGCGGUGCUUUCGCUAGAUUCAAAAUGUAGCAUACGAACGUGUGAAACUGUCUGUGUGAGAACUUGAGUUUAGUUUUCUUCUGCCAAGAGUUGGUCCCGCCCGAAGACGGCGGGACCAAGAGGCAUCCUAUUGUGCCCACGCUAUUGUAGUAGAAACGAAUCAGCAGUUACGUCCGUUGAGAGCGCCAUGUACAUUCUGAAGCUUUAGCCUCAGCUUCUCAGGCCAAUAUCCGUGGAAGUUUCACGCGACUCCCCCGCCCCUUGCCCGACCCGGCCCGAAAUGCUGAUCUCGAGCUACAUUGCA